AUAACAACUAUACCAACCACUAGCUGGAGAGAGAGCUCAGAGCCUCCCAACCAAAACAACACACACUCCAGUCUUGAAACAAAUCAACCCACUCUAAGAGUGUGUUACUAAUACAACAAGAGCAAUGGCAAUGGCUUCCACUUCUGCUGUAGUUGUCCAGGGCCUAUCCACUCCCUUCCUCUCUGGCUCAAGGGCUCGCCGGACUCUUCUAAAUGCUGCCGUCGGUGCCAAGUCUGCCGUCGCCGGUGCAUCCCGGAGGUUGCUUGUCGUCGCCGCCGCUGCGCCUAAGAAGUCGUGGAUCCCCGCCGUCAGGGGCGGUGGCAACUUGAUCGACCCCGAGUGGCUUGAUGGCUCGCUCCCGGGUGACUAUGGGUUUGACCCGCUGGGGCUGGGGAAGGACCCGGCGUUCCUCAAGUGGUACCGUGAGGCGGAGCUGAUCCACGGGCGGUGGGCCAUGGCCGCCGUGGUCGGCAUCUUCGUGGGCCAGGCCUGGAGCGGCGUCCCCUGGUUCGAGGCCGGCGCCGACCCCAGCGCCAUCGCCCCCUUCUCCUUCGGCUCCCUCCUCGGCACCCAGCUUCUCCUCAUGGGCUGGGUCGAGUCCAAGCGCUGGGUCGACUUCUUCAACCCCGAGUCCCAGUCCGUCGAGUGGGCCACCCCCUGGUCCCGCACCGCCGAGAACUUCGCCAACGCCACCGGCGAACAGGGCUACCCCGGCGGCAAGUUCUUCGACCCCUUGUGCUUCGCAGGCACCAUCAAGGACGGCGUCUACAUCCCCGAUGCCGAGAAGCUCGAGAGGCUCAAGGUGGCAGAGAUCAAGCAUGCAAGGAUUGCCAUGCUGGCCAUGCUCAUCUUCUACUUUGAGGCUGCCCAGGGGAAGACCCCUCUUGGUGCUCUGGGCUUGGGCUUGUAAGCUACAUUUUUUUCUGAUUUUUCUUCUCUUUUAUUUCCUCCUUUUCAUCUGUUUCAUUAGGCCUUGCCUGUCUUCUUGGUGUCUAUCAAUCUACUAUCUGGUUGCAAACAACGUAGUAGAAUACUGGAAUUAAUUGGAUGUCUGGUUUGGCUCUCUGUA